AUGGACCGUAUAUUGCAAGAAGCUUCUGCUUUCGUACACACACCACAAUGCAAUGAUACGAGCGUCGCAAUGCAGUGGUUUGCAUCGGAAGUGGAAGGCAUGGGCGGAAUAAGAACCAUUUGCGGUAAUGCUUCUGCUGUCCAAUCCAGUACGCGGGAAGCAGAUAUCUGGGGGCCAAAUGACACCAGUGCCGCCCUCCUCGGGAUCAUUCCACAGGAUGAGACCAACUCAAUGUCCUCGUACUUCAAUGAUACAAGUAUUGCAAUGUCGGCAUUCGCCCCCCAAAUUUCGCACGAAGGCCAUCUUCCUCCGGCCAACGGUUAG